AUGAGUUCUUCAACUAACACACCUCGACUGACUGAUUCAGCUUGGCUCAAGAAGCACGGCUGGAAGUCCAUGCAUCAUUUCAUGGUUUCUUAUCAAUUAAAAAUCGAAGAUGACGACGAUUACGAACAGGGCAAGCUUAUCCUAGCCGCAAUCAGAGAGGCCAGCGAGGAGGAGGAAUCAGUAUCUGACGCUGAAAGAUCCACUGGCGUUCCUAGCACUUCCAAGCAGACGCAAACCAAUAGUGCCGCAAAUAAUGAUGCUAAAAACCGUUCGGAUGCACCCGGUAAUCACGAUGGAAGGCAAAUUUCUGCAAGUGGUAGCACUAGUCCAAGUGAGGUCAUCCUCGAUGACAAGAAACCAGUUAAAUUUAUGGGCACUUUGAGGUCAUACCCAUCUUACGGUAGUGGAGGAUCUGCAAAAGAUUGA